AUGUUAAAAGUUCACGAAUUCUUUUCAGUUGCUACUCAAUUAGCUUAUAAUGCAGCAAUCAUAAUUAAUUAAAUUAGAUUAUCUCCUGAUAUUGGAUAGAAAUAAAAAGGCAUUGAUGAUCCAGUCACAAUUGCUGAUAUUAAAGCCUAAACCUAUAUUGUCUAAUAACUCCAUAAGCAUUGGUAUAUUAAUUUUAAUAUUCAAGGCCUUAACUUAAAAUUGUAGGAGAAGAAUCAACUGUCUAUGAUUAACCUAUAGAUUUGCCUGAUACUCAUUGCAAUCGUUACACAGAAGAUAUUUUCAGCAAAACACCCAAUAACAUUAAGGUUAGAAGUGAAUAUGAAAUUGAUGACUUAUGUGUUUGGGUUGAUCCUUUAGAUGGAACUCUUGAUUUUGUUUUAGGCAAAUAUGAUUGUGUUACAACUUUGAUUGGACUUUCAUAUAAAAAAUAAGCUUUAAUUGGAAUUAUCUCUUAACCAUUUAUCAAAAUAUCAGAAUAAUAAUAUGAAUUUAAGCCUAAGAUCUAUUUUGGUCAUCAUCCAUAAAAAAGAAUAUUUUAUACUUAUGAUAUUCAAUCAUUAAUUCCAUUUGAACUUAAAAAAGCGUCAUAUGAUCCUUCUAAUAUUAUUCUGUGUACAUAAGAUAAAAGAUUAACUGAAGAAAAAUUACAAAAAAUUAAAUCUCUUGGUUGUUCUCUACUUUAAAUGGGAGGAUCUGGGAAAAAAAGUCUUACAGUUUUGGAGGGCAAGGGAGAUAUAUUUUUUUACCUUGGAGUCAGAAUGUGUAAGUGGGAUAUAUGUGCACCUGAUGCAUUAUUUUAAGCUUUUGGAGUAUAAAAAUCUAUUUAUUUAGGGUCGCUUUGUAGGAUUAGAAGGAUAAAUCUAUUAAUAUAAUUCAGAAGAUAAAACUUAUGAUAAUCCUUAUGGCCAUUUAGCUAGCAUUCAUGGUGAACUAGUUGAUAAAUUCUUGCCAAAAACCACUGGAAUGUUAUGAUGUUUUAAAAUAUUAAAAAAAAUUAUUUAAUAAGAUAAGAA